UUUUAACGCAGACGUAGAACAUCAAGACAACAGUCACAACGUUCGGAGACGCGUAGAAAGGAUCUAUUUUGUAAAAUCUCAAAAAUGAAAUUCGCUGUAGCUCUGUUAGUGAUUGCCUUGGCGGCCUCUGUAUCGAAGGUUCAGGCUCAGUCUAAUUUUCUCGAGUUUGCUAUGCUGCAGAACGCUUUAGGGACUUUAGGAGGCCAAACUGGAGCUAACACUGUUGGCACUUCUGGCACUGGAGCUACCGGAUAUCCGACAGGAAAUGCCGGAAGCGUAUCCGAGAUUGCCAAUCCACUCGGAGGCAGUCAGCCCGGAGGCGGCCAGCAAGGCAACAAUAUGUUCGGGCUUGGCGCAUUUGGACUUUUAGGAGAUUCAAUGCGGGAUUAUUCUAUGUGCACCAUGAUGUUCCCUACCAUGCCGCAGUUGUGUAUGAUGGGACUAUAUUGAUUAUAAACACACCCGAGAGACUGACGUGAUCCCGAUUCCAACGUUUACCACGUGACGUCAUGUGACGCUGGUAGUCUGACAUCACGCCUCCAAUCGCAUGAUGAACGCCCCUUGAAACCGUUUGUUUGUUACGCCCUUCAAUCUCUCCAAAAUUGAUGGCUUCACAAAUGUUUGUUUAAACGGCUUUCAGCUAAGGACGUAUUGUGUGUAUUUAUUUAUUAACAUUAUAACGUACAAAAAAUUAUUUUCAAGUGAGGUGUAUAAAGGUUGUUUGUAUAUUAACUGUAUACCUUUGAAGUGUGAUAUGAAUUGUAUCGAAGCUUUAUGAAAUAGACGCAUACUACCCUUAAUUUACAGACAGAACAAGUAGCGAACUCUACGAAGCGCAAAAACACUAAACAUUUAUUGAAUGCUCAUUUACACCAUAACAUGUCACAUGUAAAUCUGCUCAUUUUCUCAAUGUAUUUUAUCAUUAUCUUUGAUUGUGUAUGUAUUGUGUGUAAUAAAAUCAAAAAAGUUUCA